AUGAGCGUGGUUUCAAUGUUGCAUAUGAAUGAAGGCAUAGGAGAAGCAAGUUAUGCUAAUAAUUCUUUAUUACAGCAAAAGGCGAUUACUUUAACAAAACCUAUAAGAGAGGAAGCAAUAACUUGCUUCUACAAAGAAAGACUCCCCCGAACCCUAUCAAUUGCUGACCUUGGCUGUUCUUUUGGAGCAAACACUUUGUUUGUGAUUGGGGAACUGAUUGAAAUUGUGGAGAAGAUACGUAGAGACCUAAACCAUGAAUCUCCAGAAUACACCAUCUUCUUGAAUGACCUUCCAAGCAACGAUUUUAAUAACAUCUUCAAGUCUCUUGAACGCUUCAAGCAAAAGCUGAGUAGCCGAGUGAUAGGUGGGAUUGGUCAAUGUUACAUCACUGGGGUUCCAGGUUCUUUCUAUGGCAGAAUUCUUCCUACUAAUUCAGUGGAUUUUGUUCAUUCCUCUUCUAGUCUUCAUUGGAUAUCUCAGGUUCCUGAGGGUGUAGAGAACAAUAAGGGCAAUAUUUACAAUGCAAGCACAAGCCCUCUAGAUGUCCAAAAGGCAUACUGCGAUCAAUUUCAAAGAGAUUUUUCAUUGUUUCUCAAAUGUCGUGCUCAAGAACUUGUCGAAGGGGGUCGUAUGGUUCUUACAUUAGUAGGAAGAAGCUGUAGUGACCCAUCAAGCCAUGAAUCUAACUACAGUUGGGAACUUUUAGCUAUGGCACUCAAAGACAUGGUUUCAGAGGGAAUCAUAAAGGAAGAUCAGAUAGAUUCUUUCAACUUUCCUCUCUACUAUCCCUGCCCAUCUGAAUUGGAGCUAGAGAUUGAAAAAGAAGGCUCAUUCACUUUGAAUUGCUUGGAGGCAUUUGAAGUCAAUUGGAAGGCUGCAUGUGGCGAAGAACUCAAUGAUAAUAACAGUGGAUUCAAAGUUGCACAGCUUAUAAGAGCUGCAAUGGAACCUCUACUAAUAUGCCACUUUGGAGAAGCUAUAAUGGAUGAUCUUUUUUAUCGUUACCAAUACAUAUUAGCUGAUCGUAUGGCGAAGGAAAAAACUGUGUUUGUCUUUCUCACUAUGUCUUUGACCAAAACAACUUGA